CAGUUUUAUUGUUUUGAUUUCACAGGCUCUUUUUGUGUGACUCGUAGCUCGCGUGUCGACGGAACGGAUAUUUUGAAAUUAGCAGUUUUCUUGAGUGUUUACUCACAAGCGUACGGACGAUGUAAAUAAAUGACCGUGUCGAUCUGAUACCGGCGUUGCUGUUGACAAAGAUGCUUUCUCCGAGAUAAGCUAACGUUAGCUGUACGGCUAACGCAACGUACGUAGCUUUGGUAACAACAUGACGGUGAUGAGGAGCGGUGUGUAGGAGCGACCGAGCUCACAUCGGAUCGCGCCGAUUUCCUGCUUGUGAGUGACUGAUUUCCAGGAUUAUCCCGUCUUUGUGUCUGGAUAGCUAAAAAAAAACACCCGGCUUUUCCAAGCAAGCAAACAGAACUGUUUACAUUUAACCGACGAGUUAUCUUCAAAGAGUGUUGGACAUUUGCGCCACUUUCUUUCAAUGGGUGAGGAAAAGCCGGACACGCUGGACUUUGUGAAGGAUUUCCAGGAGUAUCUGAGCCAGCAGACUCAACAUGUCAACAUGAUAUCAGGCUCUGUCAGCGGCGUCAAGGAGGCGGACGAGCUGCCGGCAGCAGACUGCAGUCAGAAUGGACUGGAUCACCCCUCCGUAGACAUGUCACUGGAGGACAGCUCAGGGAUCCUUGUGGAUGGUUUUGAGAGAACCUAUGAUGGCAAGCUGAAGUGCCGCUACUGCAACUAUGCCACCAGAGGCACAGCACGACUAAUUGAGCACAUCCGAAUUCACACAGGAGAGAAGCCGCACCGCUGCCACCUCUGCCCAUUUGCUUCGGCCUACGAACGCCACCUGGAGGCCCACAUGCGAUCACACACAGGCGAGAAGCCUUACAAGUGUGAGCUGUGCUCCUUCCGCUGCAGCGACCGUAGCAACUUGUCGCACCAUCGCCGCAGGCGCCACAAACUCCUCCCAAUGAAAGGUGCACGCUCACUUUCCCACAAGAAGAUGCUGAGUGUUUUACAGAAGAAGGCCAGCUCACUGGGCUAUGGCCGUCGGCUCCUCAUCAACUUCAGCCCCCCUUCUAUGGUGGUUCACAAGGCUGACAACGUGAAUGACUUCUCCCAUGAGCUGCCCCACUUACGUCAGGAGACCUAUGAAAAUCAGAAUCGGGCAGUCGAGGAUGGGCUCUCCACAAAUCAAAAUCACCAUCAUCACGAUAUGGUCAUGGAUAACCCCCUGAACCAGCUGUCCACCCUGGCAGGCCAGUUGGCCAGCCUCCCUUCAGAGUCGCAGGCCCAGACUCAACCUCCCAUGUCUCCUGGAGCAGAAUCUAUCGUUGAUGAGAAGCCCUUCCUCAUCCAGCAGCCUCACCCUGCCACAGCUCCUGUGGCUGUUACAGCCAGCAUGGCCCAUGCCUCCUCUUCUUCCCCGAUCACCCCAGAGCCCCGGGCUCCUCCCCACAGCAAUUGCAGCCCUGGAGGGGGACCCAGCAGCGACCACAGUGGGCGCACCAGUACCCCUAGUAUCUCCAACAGCCAACCCAGUACGCCAGCUCCAGGCCUGUCCGCCCCACUCCAAGACCCCCACAUGCUGCAUCACUGCCAGCACUGUGACAUCUACUUCCCUGACAACAUCCUCUACACCAUCCACAUGGGCUGCCACGGCUACGAGAACCCAUUCCAGUGCAACAUCUGCGGCUACAAGUGCAAGAGCAAGUACGACUUUGCGUGCCACUUUGCCCGCGGGCAGCACAAGUAAUGGAUGAAUGCGGAAAACUUUGAAUGAACUUUUAAUGGACAGCUUUGUUUUUAUUAAUUCCAUAGCAAUUUUUAUUUAUUGGUCUUUUACUUGGCCUUGAUGUAGCGUAGCCUUUGAAAGUUGUAUACAUUUUGUAUAAUUCAAGGUGCCCAUUCAAGUGUAUUAUAAAGGGAUGAUCAGUGUUUUCGACAGGUUGAGAAUUUAUUUGUGGUGGUGGAGGGAGUCACAUUCAUGUGAUGUUAACAAUCAGAGAAACAACUUCCCCACUCGACCAAACUAAUUCAACUUAGUGAAAUAAGUUAACAAAUUCACAGCAUUCCUUGAAGUUUAUGCAUCAUAUGAGACUGAGGUAAAUGAAAACCAACUCUAAUGUUGCAUAUACUUGAUUUGAAAAAUAGGAUGGUCAAACACGGUGCUGAUCCUUUCCAAUCCCUUUCGUGUGAUACCAAUAAUGCUAAGGGCAGACUCCAUCUUUUGAGGGACCCAUAUACAUAUGCAGUUGCUAGAUGUGCAUGUUUUUGUUGACUCUGAACACCCCUCUGAAAAUAACAUCAUCUGACUGUAGCUCACCCGUGCCUGUCAAGAGGCCAAAGGGGGGAGGGUCUACUCACACAACAAAUUUGCUCUCGCUCUCAGCAAAAUGUUCUUUUAGAAAAAUAUAAACUGCAAAGAAGAAACAAAAGUUUUUUGUUUUUGUUUUUUUUUGCAGGGCACAUCUGACUGAGCCGCCCAAAUAAAUUCUCAACACUCCAGGAGCUAUAAAGAUUUCUCUAAUGAUACUCACAUGAGUCAAACUGUUGGCCUUGAGUGAUCUUACUUAAGCCUUGUUGAAAUUAUUUCAGUGCUUGGUGCAUUACUACUAUUUCUUUGCAGUGCCUGACAUAGUCACUUUCUUGUGUGUCCAAGAUAAAGAGGACUGUUACUUUGAAGAUUAAUAUUAUCACAAUUAUUCUCUUAUUACUGUAAUGGAUCGGCCCAGAACCUUAGAAACAUUUUUUGGCCAUUGGAGAUUUCUAUGGUAGCCAUGUUUUUGUUUUGUUUUGUUUUUGCCAAAAUUCUUCUUCAUGAAUGCUGCUAAGAAACUUUGAAAUCAAUGCCUAUGUACUAAAUAGAUGGCAUUCACAAUACAUCCUGGCCAAACAUUGCGUCAGUGGUUUUGGUCAGCCAGGUAAGUUGUUCAGAUUUUGUUGAAGUUGUGUUGUUUUGAGGUUCCUCCACACAGUGCCCUUCUUUAACCAGCAUCAUGGUAACUUCUCUCACUUUCUGAAAAGGGUUUUUCCACAUCCUUUCAGUUACAUCAUGUCACAUUCUGAUCUUUUGAUAUUGUACAAAGUCACUUUGAUAUUCAGUAUCUCCGUGUUUAGGACAGAAUCACCAAGUCUUGUGUCUCAUGUGAACACUUUUUCAGGAUUGCCACGUAGCACUGGGGAUGCCACGUUUUAGCCUUUGUGAUAACACACUGAGAUUCCCCAUUUACCACAUGGAUCCCAGUGCUUUUCUGAAUAUUUACUGAGUAUUGUAUUCUGAGUGGUUGGAUAGAUGUUCAGUGUCAAAAAAGCAAAAUCAUGUUGCACUAAGGCCACAACUUUAGCGGGAUUGUUCUUUGUCUUGGGUACUGUUGUCUGUUGCUUAGCAACAUGUGUGGAGAACAUAGUUACUGUUUUUAGGACCACCUCUUUGUCACCAUGCUCACCAGUAAUAGGGGCAUCCAGUAAUGACUGCCUUAUGUUCUCUCAGUGUGUCGUAAGUUCAUAGGUAAUGGUGAAUGUUGAAGCCCUUUGGCGAUCACUCUCUCCCUCUGGGAUGGCAAAUCAUUUUAUUGUGAGAUGGAUUAAUCUAACUAAUUUAUAAGUAAAGUGUUUUCUAACUGCA